GAAACAACUCACUUGUGACUCGCCCCUGUCAUCAACACUUAUCCGGAAUUUCGAGGGAGUUAUCUGCUGCCUAACCGUGACGAUUCGGAAUGCUCCAUUCUUCCGGCAGUGGCCGCACCAGGUCUCCACCUAUUGUUCACUAGUAGUACUUAGGUACCGGUAGGUAGGUAGGUACCUUACUUAUCUAGCCGCCCACCCCGCCCGUCAGGGGGAAAGGCAGCCUCAUGUCAGAAGCCCGACAUCAUUCGUCCGCCAGCUUCGACACCUCGCAAGACUCGCUUCAACCUUGAUCCACGCCCGUCGGCCUAGCUUCGCAAAGACCCUUCGAAUAACACCGUAUAACGUCAGCGACUACUUGAGCGCGCACUCGGUAACCUUGCGAUGGACUUGGCCUACGAUCACAUCCAGGAGAGCUCCCUCCCCAAGGAUGCCGACAAGAAGUCGGGCGACACCAAGAACCCUACGUCGGACCAGCCGCAGCACUCGCUCAACGAUGACUUCCAGGAGGCAUACAAGGCCAUUUCGUCUAGCGCCUGGGGCAUGCGUAUCGGCGGUUUCUUGGGAAACGCUGUGAGGCAGGGACAAGAAGUCUACAAAGAAGCCUCCAAGGAAGUCACCGAGCUUGGCGAAGAUGCGGCCAAGGGCUUUACGUCCAUAAUCACCCGAACCCGGUCGCUGACCGUCAACGCGGCCCAAGGGGAACCCUCGGGGGAUGGGAGCAAGGAGGCCGACGGCCAAACGACGCCGACCAAGACAAGAGAUCAGGCAUCGGAUGAAGCGAUGAGCAGCGGUUCAGAGAACUACCUAGCGAGGCUUCGCUCCGAGGCGGCCAAGCGGCUCAAGGAUUUGCAAAAGGCUGAGGACGCCGCCGAUGAGGCUCUCCUCCGUUUCGGCACCAAUAUCAGCAAUUUCCUCAAAGAGGCGGUCAGCAUCGCGCCGCCUUCCGACUCCAACAACCAGGGGAACACUGUUCUGUUCGAGAGCAAGGAUGCGCAGGGCAAACGGGUCAUUCAUGCCUCGAGGCAGGACGCCCAGCUUCACGUCAUCCACACGAGCACCGAGAGUUUCGCAAAGGACCCUGCAACGGACGAGUUUGCUACAUGGGCCAAGAUGUUUGACGUCGAGAAGAAGACGGCGGAUAUUAGCGACGACUUGAACAAAUACCCCGAGCUGCGAAUGACGAUGGAGAAGCUUGUGCCUGAUCAGGUCCCUUAUGCUGAGUUUUGGAAGAGAUAUUACUUCCUUAGACAUGGUCUCGAGGCUGCCGAGACCCGACGACGUGACUUACUGAAGGCUGCAUCUGCCGAAGAUGAAGUCGGCUGGGACGAUGACUCUGAAGACGAGGCUGCUUCGGCCCCAGUCCCUGCUCCCGCUCCUGCUCCUACUCCGAAGGUCGAACAAAAACAAGUCCGCCCACCGUCGGCCGAGUCUUCCACCACCAUCCAACCACCUGCUCAAAGCUCUGGUCUCAAGCCUGCCGCCGAGUCCCGUAAGUCAAACGACGAGAAGUCCCAGGCUGACAGCGACACAAGCUACGACGUCGUGGGUGCCACGUCCGGUGUGCCUAGUCAAGCCCCCAACAGCCCCAAGGACUCUCGCAAGGUCGACGACAGCGAUGACGACUGGGAGUGAGCUUGGUUCCUAAUUUGCUUAUUUUGCUGGCUGGCGUUGGUUGGUUUUGAACGUUUCCGGCUCGAAUAAUAGCUCAUAAUUUGCGGAUAUUU